UAGUAAAGAAAAGCAGAGAGAUAGUAGUGAAGUGUUUAAAACUGUGAGCGAGAGGGGCUGUUUACGCAGACUUUUGCUGCUUGUGUGUGUAUACAUCACGUCCGCAGCCGGUUUCCCUGAAAUAACGGGAUUGUGUGAGUGUAAAAGCCGAGAGAAGAACGACUUAUAUAACCGCAUCCACCGGAGCGAUUUCAACUUCAAGCAAGUUUACUUGCUACACUUUCUGGAGGCUCUUCAUGCUGCGGCUUGACGCUGACUUCCUGUUGACUGCUUUGUAGAGAAGGAAGCCCUCGUGAACAGCAGGAGAAAGUGCCUGUUCACUCAGCAUCCUCAUACUGGAAGCUGCAGGAUGGCGAGAAGAUUCCCCAUUCCCGUGUUGCUUCUUGCGAUUUGCUGCCUGGCAUCUGCAGGGCGGUUGUCUCGCAGCCCGUGUGAGCUGCUGCCGGUGGGGACAGGACACCCGGUGCAGGCCACGUCCAGGAGCUUCACCGUCAUGUCCGGCUGCGCCAGCCGGGGCACCACGGGCCUCCCUCAGGAGGUCCACAUCGUCAACCUGAGAGGACAUGCUCCAGAGGGACCAGACGUUGAGCUGCACCUGAAGCCGAUCCAGUCUCUGCUGCGCCACCAGAAGCCGCUGGUCUUAGUGCUGAACUCCCACCAGCCGCUGAUCUGGAAGAUCAAGACGGAGCACCUGACCCUGGGCGUUAAACGUACCUUUCAUGUAUCUGAGGGCUCAGAGGUCCACUUCCAGCCGGGAAACUUCUCCCUCUCCUGCCAGAUCCAGAAGGAGGCCCUUCCCCAUGGCAACGAGCACCUCCUCAACUGGGCCCAGAAGAAGUACAGGGCGGUCACCUCUUUCUCUGAGCUCAGGAUGACUCAAGACAUCUACAUCAAAGUCGGAGAAGAUCCGCUGUUUUCUGACACCUGCAAGAUUGAUACCAAGUUCCUGUCUCUGAACUACCUGGGCAGCUACGUGGAGCCACAGGCAUCAAAGGGCUGCGUCCUAUCUGGCCCCGACAAAGACCAAGAGGUCCACAUCGUUGAGCUCCAAGCCCCCAACUCCAGCAGUGCUUUCCAGGUGGACGUCAUAGUUGAUCUACGACCUCUGGAGGACGAUGCCCCGCUGCAUCGUGACGUCGUCUUGCUGCUCAAGUGCGCCAAGUCCGUCAACUGGGUCAUCAAGGCUCACAGUGUCAUCGGAAAGCUGUAUGUGGUGGCCUCUGAUACCGGGAGUGCCAGUUUUAAUACGGAGAGGCUGAUGCAAGUGUUAAAAUCCACCAAGCAGCACUUGCCGUCUGGGCCACAAGCCCUGAUCAAUUGGGCAAGGGAGCACGGCUACGGUCCAGUCACCUCUUACACCAGCACUCCUGUGGCUAACUACUUCAACAUCCGACUCAGAGAGACAGAUGUGGUGGAUCCUCUGGAGAGCAUGUUGCCUCCAGAGCUCUCCAUCCCACACGACUCCAGUCCCCACCCAAGAGCUGGAGCUGCAGCCCGGCGCCCCGGUCUGCACUUUCCCUUCCCCUUGCCUGCGUCCGACGGCCGGCCCUUCUUUCCUCUGCCCUCCUCCCUCGACAACCGGCACUGGGAGAACACGGAGCCCGAGGAGCAUCAGGGCACUCUGAGCGUCGGCCUCAGCGUACAGUGUGAGGACACGAGGAUGGUGGUCAGCAUCGCUAAAGAAAGCCUGCAAGUGAAUGGGUUUAGUCAUGCCAACCUCACUCUUCAAGACCCAGCUUGCAAAGCAACCGUCAAUGCCACCCACUACACUCUGGAGACUCCUCUGACUGGCUGUCUGACCACCGUGUUUCCCUUGCAGGGGAGCCCAAUGGCCCUCCACAUCAACUCCGUUUUGAUAAGUCAUGCUGAGCCCAAGGAUGGGAGUGGCAGGCUGCUGGAUUUUGAGGAUCUGGAAUCUGGAGACGUGCUGUUCCCGAGAGACCCGGUGGACUCGGAGAGGACGUUUACGGAGCCGGCAGAGCAUCAGUCCUUCGUAGCGUUCAACUGCACGUACCGAAGGAACCGGGAAAACUCAGCAACGGUUCCCAGGAUUGUACCAGGACCAGGGAGGCAACCGGCGAGCAACAUGACGUUUAACAUGGAGUUGUACAACAAGCUGCCAUUCAACAAGCCCUCGCGCCAGGCCUUCUACACUGUCUCGCAAAAGCAGCAAGUCUUUGUGGAGGUCACAUCAGCCGCAUCCGAUCCAGAGCUAGGGUUCCUCCUCAUAUCGUGCUUUAUUUCUCCCGACUCCAACCCCAGCGUGGGCUCAGACUACACUCUCAUCGAGACAGUCUGCCCCUCAGACGACUCCGUCAAGUACUAUCCUGAGAGGGGCUUCCCUGUCCCUCACACACAGGCGGAGAAGAAGAGCUUCAGCUUCACCUUCAACUCAACGUUCAACAGGUCUCUGCUUUUCCUGCACUGCAAGAUGUGUCUGUGCUCCAAGAGUUCUCAGAGCAACCAGAGACUACCAACGUGCUUACACCCCAGGGAGCCCUGCGAUUCUCUUUCUGGGGACAACAUCAUGGCGAUGAUGAUGAACUACAAGACGUCUACCAAGCCGCUGGUCGUGGUGGAUGGACGUGAUCGAUCAGAGGAAACAGGUUAGUUGAGAGCAAAGAAAAACACGUUUUACACCUACUCAGAUGGCACGAGUUCAGCAUGCACGUGGGUUUGAAAAUCUCUUGUGACUCUCGUUUUUUGAUUUUAACAGCGCUACAUUCAGCUCUGACUUACAUUAUUUUGAGUAUAAAGAGUAUAAAGCAGCCAGAGAAAGCUCGGUCCGAUACUUUGCGAUUAGACCGAAACCUCAAAACGCUGCACAUCACUUCCCCACAUCUGGUCACCAUUAACUGCAGUGUGUGUGUGAUUGUGUAUGCGCCCACGUGUCUGUUUACAUUAACAUCCGUACACAAGAGUGUGUGUGUGUGUGUGUGUGUGUGUGUGUGUGUGUGUGUGUGCGCGCGUGUGUGCGUGUGCGCGUGCAUACUAGCAUGUGGUGGACUGCAGUAAAGGGGAUCGUGCUAACGCUGAGGCCCAGCUCGGCUGCUCUGGACCAGUCCAUGCUGAGGGAGAGGUGGAAAAAGAGGAAUCAUACAGCACCAAGCUCCAGUUGUUUUCACUUAGGACCUUCACUGUGGCCUCCCCUCUCCACUAGAGGAGGGUGUGUGUGAGAGGAGAGUGUGGAGGUCCUCUUGUUGGCUUUGGGAGUCCAGCCAGAUCCUAAAGGCCCCUCGAUCAUCACUUGUUUAGCCGCUCAUUGUGUUGCGUAGUCUCUAAGGGCUGUGAGUGUGAUCGGAGGGAGGGAGCAGCCUGCAGAUGUGGGGGGAGGACUGAGGUAACCAUGGUCACAUUUGACUAAUUAUGGCCUAAACUGAGAUGGGGUGAUAUCAUGAGUGCCCGAUCUCUGGUGGACUACCAGAGCUUUUCGAAUCAGCAUCCCCUCUGAGCAAUGACAUCAACAUCAGCCGAGUGGUCAGUUUGAGUCAACUGCAUUGACUCAUGGUUUUAAUAUACAUCACAUCGUUUUAAUCAGUGUGAGCUGGAGCCUGAGCGACGUAUCAGCACGGCCGAUACUGGCGGCCUAUUUAAGGUUGGUGUGGAUAUGUUGUAUCGGUUCAUGCAUCAACUGAUAAGAAUCACAAGAAGUGACAAAGACGCGUAGUUUGUCAAUUGCAUAGUUGGCCGCCCAGACAGCACUGACGAGCAGGAUUAAGAUAAAGAAGAAUCAAUUAAUCCGGAAUGAAAUUAUUUUUAGCUGUAGCCAUACAUACAUUACGUACAUUAUGUUGGCCACAACUCCUUUUCAGGAUUUAUUAUUGUUAUUAUUUGCAUUUUUUUAAAACUCUCAAUUAUCGAUAAAUACUGUUAAUCGGCCUCAAAAAUCUGGUAUCAGUCGGCUGCAGAGUGAGUGGUGAGGGAGUUGCACAGAACAUUGCUGAACAGAAGUGGGUGGAUUUCUUUUACAUUUGAACUGGUCAUAGGGUUUCAAGGCUGGGCCGGUAUAUAGAUGCAGUCACUUUUCAGCACAGAAGUUCCAGUGUUGAUGCUAGAGAAGCUGCUGAAGCUAUUGGUGAACAGAGACUCUGAAACCUCCAGUAAUGAGUGAGUGAGGUACACUGGUCCAGAACAGGCACUGCCCACCACAUUACUAUGCCAGCUCUGCGGGGUUUAUUUUCCAUGGAACAGAUAAAGUAAACACAAAUAUGCAAUAAACUCACAACUCUAUUUAAAAGGCAUCUCUUGUGCUCGGAAGAUAAACAAAACAAGCUGCCUUUUCAAGGGCCACACCAGUUUGGAUUCAGGCUUCAGCAGACUGUGGCCAUUAGAGAAAAAUAUGACCCAGAAGUUAGCAUCGCACUGGUUCUUUCGACAAAAAGUCAAUGGGAUUUUUCCAU